AUGGGUAAUGAUGGUGGAUCUAUAAAUAAAGCACAUAACCUUAAGUUAACCUUUGAGACAUCUUCUAAAAAUGAAUCUCUGGAUGUUAAAGAAUUUAAUGACAAUUCUAAAUGGAAAAUAUGUCGACUAUCAGGUAAGAAGUUGCGCCUUCCAGUAGUCAGUGACUAUAAAGGCAAUAUAUUCAAUAAGGAUGCCGUACUGGAAUGGCUUCUCUCCCCCUCCAAGGAGGAAUAUAGUCAAGAAUUGAUAAAGAAGUUUGCACAUAUCAAAAAAUUGAAUGAUGUCAUAGAAUUACAGAACUUGGAAGAGGCAUAUUGUAAAGGUGAGGAAGACGAAGAUCUUAUUCCGAUUGGAUUGAAAUGUAAAUUUGGCGAUGACCUAUUGGGAUCAAGUUCACUUCAAUAUGUUUACCUGAUACCCUGCGGAGAUGUUCUUCCUAGGGAUGCCUUGAACUUGACUAAGAACUCUGUGUGUCCUGUUUGUCAGUCCAAUUUUGAAAAUAAAAACCUUAUUCCCUUGAACCCCACAUUUCUUGAUGAUGAAUACAAAUUGCAACAGCGAAUAAAUGAACUAGAUCUCCAACAUAAGUUUCAUAAUCUCAAGCCCAAAGGGUCAAAGAAGAAAAGGAGAAGGAAUGAAAAGCAAUUAGGUAAAAUUGCAAAGCGAUGA